AUGAUUCAGCACUCAGAGAAACCUGUCGAGAGUGACCGCCUUCCCGAAGCCCAGGGGCGGGAGCAGGCCGAACUGCCUAAAGGGUACUUUUACAGCGCAUACUUCAUCGGAAGUUACUGUGCCAUUGGACUCGCUUUUGCGUGUGGAACUGGAGGGUAUGCGCUUGUAAUGCCGAUCCUGAACGACAUCCGUGACGACAUCGGAGGAUCCGGAUCGAAUGACAUCAACUGGGUCGGCAUUGUGUAUACCUUGACCCAGGCGAUCGUGCUCAUGCUGGCCGGCAGUCUGAGCGAUCUGUUUGGCCGCCGCUGGUUCUUCAUUAUUGGGUCGAUGAUCGGGCUGGUUGGCAGUAUCGUCGGUGCGACAGCUGGCUCUAUGGGGCAGCUCAUAGUAGGGGAAACUCUCAUAGGGAUUGGCUCGGGGUUUCAGAACUCUUUCUUUUGGAUUGUGUCCGAGAUUGUGCCUAUGAAGAGGCGCUUCAUCGCCAACGCUGGACUGUUUAUGUGGACCUUGCCAACGAAUGUUCUCGGACCGAAGAGUGCUAUCACCAUCCAGAAUAACACUGCAGUACAUUGGCGCGGAUGCUUCUACGUCCUGAUUGGUAUGAACGCUCUGUCGGUAGCGCUGUGGUUUUUCUUCUACCACCCGCCAUCAUUCCACAUGUUACACCGCAAUAAAACUGUUAAACAACAGCUUCGCGAGUUUGACUUCGCCGGUCUUGUACUGUUUUCCACCGGCAUGGUCCUCUUCCUAAUGGGGUUAAACUGGGGUGGCUCGAUCUACCCCUGGAAGAGCGGACAGGUUUUGGGAACCCUGCUCUCCGGGGUCGCUAUUCUGGCCAUAUGUAUAACUUAUGAGUUGAAACCGUCGCUGAAAGAAGCCUACCUUCCGCUUCGACUGCUCAAAGACAUCAAGUACACUUCCUGCGUGAUCUGGUGUGCAAUUGAAGCCAUGAACUUUUAUGCCUUUGGGGCCGUCGCCAUCCUCUACCCUGAUCUUAGUCAAUCCACCACCGCGACCAUGGCGGGGCUGGUAACCAUGUCAUUUGCGCUGGGCCAGAUGGUGGGCCCAUUUUUCGCGAACUGGCUACCUGCCAAACCAAUAGUCAUCAUGGGCACAUUCAUCGGCACUGGGCUGCUCGCGGCCUGCGCAGCCAACCCACUGAACCUAAACUUGACAGUGGGCGUACUCGUUUCGGGCAACCUCAUAAUUGGCAUAGCGGAUGGAAUUGGUCUGCCCAUGACGACAUUCCCAAUCAAAGACCAGGAAAAAUUGGGCACUGCCGGCGGUCUGAGUGGAUGUAUUCGGCUAACGGGCACCUCCAUUGCAGUAGCAAUGUAUAACACUAUCCUGAGCAAUCGCCUGGCUCAGACGAUUCCCACCGCUAUCACUCCAGUCGCGCUGUCGGUAGGCGUGCCCGAAUCCUUCAUCCCCCAGCUCAUCACAAACCUUACAAGAAGCAAUAGGGCAGCCCUUCAAGGCGGGGCUGUUCCGGGUCUGACUGCCGGGGGCAUCCCGCUGAUUGAAGCUGCAUAUCAACUAGCAAACUCUCAGGCGUACAGUACCGUCUUUCUCUCCACGUUGGGAUUCGGCGGUCUGGCGCUGGUUCUGUGCUUUUUCAUCGGUGGUGUCGAUGAGAGCAAUGGGGAAUACGUAGCAGCCCUCAUUCAACAUGCAGAUGAGAGCAACCCGCAGACUGAAAAGGUGUAG